AUGUGGGCGCCCGUGCCGAGUAGCUUACGGACCUCCACGGAGAGGGAUCCGCAGGGCGCGAGGGCGUUGGGUUCCUUGUUCUCCCGUGCGUUUAUGCUGGCUUUGCCUGGCCGGGUUACGCGCUGGCGCACGCGGGCGUCCAGGAGGAGCGGUGUGGGUGAGUCCAGCCGGGACCCGUGUCUGGGACUGAGGGCAUUUCAGUCUCGGUGCUCCUUCUGCGUGCUGGAAAAUUACUCUGAUGCUCCUAUGACCCCAAAACAGAUUCUGCAGGUCAUAGAGGCUGAAGGACUAAAGGAAAUGAGAAGUGGCACUUCUCCGCUGGCCUGCCUCAACGCCAUGCUCCACUCCAACUCCAGGGGAGGUGACGGGCUCUUCUAUAAGCUGCCUGGACGCAUCAGCCUGUUCACGCUCAAGAAGGAUGCCCUGCAGUGGUCUCGGAAUCUGUCGGUGCCAGAAGGGGAGGAGCUGGAGGAUACAGCAGACGCAGAAAGUUGCGAGUCCAAUGAAGCAAGCACUGUGAGUGGUGAUAACGAUGUGUCUCUGGAUGAAACCUCAUCCAACGCCUCCUGUUCCACCGAGUCUCAGAGCAAGGGACCCGCUGCUACGCGGGACAGCUACAGAACCGCCUCCCAGACAACCAAACAAAAGAAAAAGACCGGGGUAAUGCUGCCACGUGUUGUCUUAACACCGCUGAAAGUAAACGGGGCCCACAUGGAGUCUGCCUCUGGCUUCACAGGAAGGCAUGCCGAUGGGGAGAGCAGCAGCACAUCCAGCAGCAGCAGCAGCUCUUUGGCUCUGUGCAAAGCCACCUUGCGUAGCAGAACAGAAAUAAACAGGGAUCCUCCGCAGCUUCUGAGAGGUAUCCGAAAGCCCCCAGCUGGGCAAAUGAAACGAAACCGGGGUGAGGAUAUUGACUUUGAAACACCGGGCUCCAUCCUUGUCAAUACAAACCUGCGAGCUCUGAUCAACUCCAGAACCUUCAAUGCACUCCCGUCGCAUUUCCAGCAGCAGCUUCUCUACCUCCUUCCAGAAGUCGACCGACAGGUUGGGGCUGACGGGCUGAUGCGUCUCAGUGGCAGUGCUCUGAAUAACGAAUUCUUCACCCACGCUGCUCAGAGCUGGAGAGAACGCCUAGCUGAUGGUGAAUUCACCCAUGAGAUGCAAGUUCGAAUUCGGCAGGAGAUGGAAAAGGAAAAGAGAGUGGAGCAAUGGAAAGAGAAGUUCUUUGAGGACUACUAUGGACAAAAGUUGGGCUUGACCCAAGAAGAAUCCCAGGAGCAGAAUUUGGUGCAAGAAGACGCUGAGAACAGGACAGGACUGACUGUUAAAGGAGAAGGCAGACUGCCGCGCGGUCCUUCCACCCGGCAGAGAGAUGGGCACUUCAAGAAACGCUCCCGGGCCGACCUGCGAUGCAGAGCCAGGAGGAGCCUGUACAAACUGCGUGAACCUGAGCAAACGGAGACUUCCAAAGAGACCGCUGCUGCGGGACCAGACUCCUCUCUGCAGAAAGAGACAAAGCCUGAGACAGACCUGAAGAAGGAUGAUCUGACGAGCCCUUCGGCUGCAGCACUGAAGCCAGAGAGCUCAGAACUGCACCUCUCUCCAGAGACUUCCAGAUUACACACUAAAUCGGAAGAUCUGUCGUUGGCAGCUGCAAACAGAAUUCCCAGUUUGCCCCAGGAGAACUCUGCUCGGGAGUCCAAGGACCAGAAGAGGAAGCGCUUUGAGGAGGCUGCCUCUGCAUCCUUCCCCGAAAAGAAGCCCCGGCUUGAAGAUCGUCAGUCCUUUCGUAACACAAUUGAAAGUGUUCACCCAGAAAAGCCACAGCCUACUAAAGAGGAGCCAAAAGUCCCACCCAUCCGGAUUCAACUUUCACGUAUUAAACCACCCUGGGUGGUUAAAGGUCAGCCCGCUUACCAGAUAUGCCCCAGGAUCAUCCCCAACACGGAGCCCUCCAGCCGGGGCAGGACUGGGGCCCACCCCACGCCCGCCAUCGGCGGUGGGGGUGGCCCGGGCGGAGGGAGAAGCACCGACGAAGGAGGUGGCGGAGGAGAAUCCAGCAGCCACGCAGGGCGCAGGAGAGCAAAGAGAACUCGUGGAAAGCGUUCGUCAGAUCUACAACGAGCACAAUUACUGUCGUCUCUCCAUCUGAAUGGAGAAAAGGCAAGCUCUGAGGUGGCUGCUCAGGAGGCGAACAGGAAUUCCUUCCUCUCUUCAGAGCAAGACCCCUUUUCCUCCAAGAGCGAGGGAAGCAGUGAUCUGGAACGCACGGCAGGCCCUAGCUCCGGGGAGGCUCAGCCUGGUGAUGGUUCACCUGGAAGGCAGUCCUGUGGUGCUUCGACUGGAUCACCCUUAGACAAUGCCACUUCUGAGAGGCAGGAGGAGAGCCCUGAGCAGCUCCUUUGUGACCCAAGGACCGAAACACCAUCUUGUCUUGCAUCACAGGAGAGGCAAAGCAAGCAGCUGAAGUGCGUGGUUCCUCCAGUAAACGGUCUGUCUCGUUCUCAGGUGCAGGGAGCUGUGACCAGUCCUUCGGCAGCAGGUGAGGUGGUGUCAGAGCUCAGAGAUGUUCGAGCUCCCGCUGUACAGGUGGAUCAUCCUUCAGUCGGGAAGGAAAACUCCUCCAGUUGUCCUGCUCUUCUACCAGACUUGUCAUCAGGCGGUAAAGAGUGCCAUGAGUCAGAAAUGGUGUCUAGAUUUAGAUUUAAUGGCUCUGAAACGUUUGUGGAAAAACGUGCUGCUGAUAGUGGUAACUCCAGAGCAGCGACUGCUGGAGUGGAGAAGGCAGGCCCUGAGCUGUGUCCCCUUCCACACCCGCAGGCAGAGAAGGAGAGCGAUGGCAGGCCGAGUCGUGAAGAGCAGAGUGCAGAGUCUCCGGUGAAGCCUUCCCUAGACGACGACUUUGUUUCUGAGAAUAGGAUAGAUACCUCUGAGAGACUUCUGCAGCUGAGGGAGAGGUGCCCCGGAACAGGAGCAGAAAACGCCCAUCAGCCCCUGAGAGAGCCUCAGGAGCUGAAGCCAAACGGAGACGACGAAAGACAGAGCACAUACAGUGAAACGACAGACACGGCUUCAGAUUGUGAAGGGGACGGAGCUGAUGAGAACGCGGAGAUGGGUAUGUGUUUCAGAAGUGUCGGCUGCAGGGAGGGGGCUGGGAAAGACUCCUCCUCUCCCAGCAGCACCGAGAGACGUGGUGGGGUUAGAUCAGAACCCUCUGUGGAAACAGCCAGCCUGGCCUGUGUUGUGGACUUCCCUGCUGUCGCAGCGACGAGCCCUGCGCCUCCGCCCCAGAGAUGGGGAGCAGCACGUGCACCGUUGCCACAGAAGGGCGAGCGGCCGACAGGCUCUGCUCGGCCUCUCUCCUCUGUGGAGACCAACAACCCUUUGGUGAUGCAGCUGCUGAAGGGGAACCUUCCCCUGGAAGACGUUCUCCCAGUAUCUCACACCACCAUCAAGCUGGAACUUACACAGCUGCUGCCUGACCAGCAGUCAGAAAGCCUCUCCCCGCAGAUGGAGGGAGGUAGCGGUUGCUGUUUUGGCAGAGAAUCUUCUCCAGAUGUAGGAAUGAAGACGAGUGCCCUGAGCAGGAGUGAUGACUUCCACCCGAUGAGAUCGUCCGUCGAUCCCCAGGAGAAGUGCAGGUCGGGGGCGGCGCUGCCUGGAGCAGAGGAUGCGGAGGAUCAGUCUAUUCCAGAGACACAUCCCAAAGCUGGCUCGGCUUUAAGCUGCCAAGACCAACCGGCGCACGUGGCAAGUGCCUCUGGGAAGCCUGACGAUACGGGCCCUCGGGAAAGAACAUUUUCUUCCUGUAGCUUUGAGGAGCAGAGGGAGAUGCCCAAGGUCCAUCGGGUGCCACAGCACAGCCCGUUGACAAGUGUCAUCACCACGAAAAGUCCGGAGAAGUUGAACGCCUCUACGGAGCCUCGGUUUUUAUCUCCAGCUGUGACUUCUCUUGGUCCGAAUCAGACAGGGGGUACAUCGGUCAAUAAAAAUUAUGUUGGAGUUCAAGGCAAGAAACUCUUUGGUUCUGGUUUUCCUUGCAGCCCCGGCGUCAGACUGCAUCACUCCAGGGCUUUGGACCAAGUCCCGGCGGUGGGAGCCUUGUCCCCCAGCACGCAGACUCCUCUGGACAAGAGCCGGGCGGCGGGAGAGGGGCUGCCCGCGGCCAGGGACGAGGGCAGCCCCGCCGAGAGCGACGCGGAGAACCGGAAGGACGCGGCACGGAGCCCCGGGGAGCUGACGGAGCAUUUCCGAAGUGUUCCGCUCGUCAUGGACUUGCCAUUUUUCAAGCUUUCAAGGGAAGCGGGGAAAGGACAGAGUCACCCGCUGGAGCCUUCUUCCAUACCCUCCCAGCUCAAUAUCAAGCAAGCAUUUUAUGGGAAGCUUUCUAAGCUGCAGCUGAAUUCCACCAGCUUUAAUUAUUCAUCCAACACUCCAGCUUUUCCCAGAAGCCUUGCUGGAAGCGUGAUGCAGCUAAGCCACAAAGCGAACUUCGCUGCAAGCCGUAGCGCGUCGCUUUCUGUGCAGAUGUUUGCCGACGGCAGUGGCGUCGACGAGAUGGCGUUCCAGUGCUCGUGCAGCCUGAAGGCCAUGAUCAUGUGCAAAGGCUGCGGGGCGUUUUGUCACGAUGACUGUAUAGGGCCCUCUAAGCUUUGUGUAUUGUGCCUUGUGGUGAGAUAA